AUGGUAAUUGCAGUAUUUGAUACCAGUCAGAAUAUUAUUCAUUGUGCAAAGAGAUCAUGGAGUAAAGUAACAUUAACAAAGUACACUUUUUAUAACAACUUUCUAGGUAUUGCUUAUGUCACACUUAAACAACGGUAUUUUCUUGUUGGGAGUAAUCAUGCAGAGACCAAGUAUCGUGUUUUGAAAAUCGACCGCACUGAACCGACAGAUUUAGUUAUAAUAGAUGAUAAGCAUGUGUACACACAACAAGAGGUGAGAGAACUUCUUGGCCGCCUAGAUCUGGGGAAUAGAACAAAGAUUGGACAGAAGGGUUCUUCUGGAUUAUCUAGAGCUGUCUCUGCUUUCGGGGUAGUAGGUUUUGUUAGAUUUUUAGAAGGCUACUACAUUGUGCUAAUAACAAAGAGGAGAAAGAUGGCAGAUAUUGGAGGGCAUGCAAUAUACAAAAUAGAAGAUACAAAUAUGAUCUACAUUCCAAAUGACUCUGUACGAGUCACUCAUCCUGAUGAAACAAGAUAUCUACGAAUAUUUCAAAAUGUGGAUCUGUCUAGCAAUUUUUAUUUUAGCUAUAGCUAUGAUCUGUCACACUCCCUACAAUAUAAUCUUACCAUCUUGAGAAUGCCACUUGAGAUAUUAAAAAAUGAAACAACUCAGAGUCGACAGGAGGGCUUUGAUAUCUUUGAAGAUGAGGGACUUACUACACACGGUGGAAGUGGUGUAUUUGGGAUUUGCAGUGGACCAUAUAAAAAGUAUGUGUGGAAUAGUCAGUUGCUGGACUCAGUAAAAAACAUUGUUCAUCAUGACUGGCUGUUAUAUGUUAUUCAUGGAUUCUGUGGACAGUCUAAAUUGUUAAUCUAUGGACGUCCAGUGUAUGUCACUCUGAUAGCUAGAAGAUCAAGCAAAUUUGCUGGAACUCGAUUUCUAAAAAGAGGAGCAAACUCUGAGGGGGAUGUUGCUAAUGAAGUUGAAACUGAACAAAUACUUUGUGAUGCUUCAGUGAUGUCAUUUUCUACAGGGAGCUAUUCUUCUUAUGUUCAAGUUCGAGGCUCAGUCCCUCUCUACUGGUCUCAAGAUAUUUCAACUAUGAUGCCUAAGCCACCAAUUACAUUGGACCAAGCAGAUCCGUUUGCACACGUAGCUGCACUUCACUUUGAUCAAAUGCUUCAGAGGUUUGGCUCUCCCAUUAUCAUUUUGAAUCUUGUGAAGGAACGUGAAAAAAGAAAGCAUGAAAGGAUUCUGAGUGAAGAACUUGUUGGUGCUGUGACAUAUCUCAAUCAGUUUUUACCCCCAGAACAUGCUAUUGUGUAUAUUCCUUGGGAUAUGGCCAAAUACACAAAAAGCAAACUGUGUAAUGUCCUGGACAGAUUGAAUGUAAUUGCAGAAAGUGUAGUGAAGAAAACAGGGUUCUUUGUAAAUCGUCCUGAUUCCUACUGCAGCAUCUUGCGGCCAGAUGAAAAAUGGAAUGAAUUGGGAGGUUUUGUUGUUCCCACUGGUCGCUUACAGACUGGUGUUCUUCGAACCAAUUGUGUGGACUGUUUGGAUCGCACUAACACAGCCCAGUUCAUGGUGGGGAAGUGUGCUUUGGCCUAUCAGCUCUAUUCUUUGGGGUUGAUUGAUAAACCCAAUCUGCAGUUUGACACAGAUGCUGUUAGACUGUUUGAGGAGUUGUAUGAAGAUCAUGGAGACACACUUUCUCUUCAAUAUGGAGGCUCUCAACUUGUUCAUCGAGUAAAAACCUACAGAAAGAUAGCGCCGUGGACUCAGCAUUCCAAAGAUAUUAUGCAGACGCUCUCAAGAUAUUACAGUAAUGCUUUUUCAGAUGCUGACAGGCAAGACUCCAUAAAUCUGUUUUUGGGAGUAUUUCAGCCUGCAGAAGGAAAACCUCAUCUUUGGGAGCUUCCUACAGAUUUUUACUUGCAUCACAAAAACACUAUGAGUCUUUCGCAGGCAAGGCGAAGUUACACUUACUGGUGGACACAAGGUGUAUUAAAUCACUUACCGCUGCCUUAUGAUGAGGUGACAUGCACUGAAAACAGGAGGAAAUUGAUAGUGAAGAGAUUUCACAAAUAUGAAGAGGAGAUUGAUAUUCACAAUGAGUUUUUUCGUCCAUAUGAAUUAAGCUGUUUUGAUGACACCUUUUGCUUGGCAAUGACCAAUUCUAUACGAGAUUUCAUGCCCAAGAAUGUUGGAAUUGAUCCAAGUCCAUUUACUGUGCGUAAACCUGAUGAAACUGGAAAAUCAGUGAUGGGGAACAAAACUAAUAGGGAAGAAACUGUGCUGCAGCGCAAAACAGCUGCUAGUGCCCCACCUCCCCCAAGUGAGGAAGCAGUGUCAAGUAGUUCAGAAGAUGAUUCUGGGACUGACAAAGAAGAUGAGGGAGCUGUUUCUCAGCAUUCUACUCCAGUGAAGAUGACAGAUACAGGCGAUAAUAUAAAAAUAACAGAGAACAUAGUUCAGUCCAUGAAAGAUAUAUAUGGGAUUAACCUCUCAGAUGUUCCUUCAGAAGAUGACCUCACAAUAUAUACAAGGUUUGUGCAUUUGGGGCAGAAUCAACAUAAACAAGACAAGAGCAGCCAGCAGCUUUGUUCAAAACACAAUCUAGAUGGGGUUAUAAAUAUAACACACAUCUCCUCUUUUUCCCAAGACAACAUUUAUGAAGUCCAGCCUCCUAAAGCAGAUAAGAAAUCAAUUGAUAUCUUCCAUGCUCACAUCCAGGCCAGCAGAGGCAUCAUGCAACCACUGGUAAAAGAAGACAUCCUCAUGUACAGAGAGUACAUUAGAAACCGAUAUAUGUGAAAACAGACUGGAUUCAACUGUUCAGCAUUGCUGGAGGGAUGGUACAAAUCAAUUAGGAAAGGAAGUCCAAGUUCAACUAUUUUGAGAUGGCAAAACAAAGGCAAUUAUUUAACAAUCUGUAUCUUUUUGAAUGAUUUCAUUUUUGAGCUAUUGUGUGGCUUGCAAAAAUAAAUAUGUGACUGAACAUAUAUGCUCUUUAAUUGGAAAACUAACAAUAUGUCUAAAAUCAGAGACGUUAAAUACAGUACACUUAUAUAUAUAGUAAUUUGAGACCAGAAAGUAAUUAUUGAGAGCUAGAAGAUUUACUCGGCAUUGCUCACAUCCAUAACUCUGAAAUUAGGUUUCUUUUUCUUCAUUUAAAUCAUUGUUCUGUGAUGUGGCUGGGAUUAGGGGUUCAGUAGACAGUCUCCCUGGGAGAGAGGACAGCCUGAGCCCUCUCUCACAACAGUAGCUGGGGUCCAGGUGACAAGCACACAAACAGACAACUGCUGGCCCAAUGGAAUGGAGAUCCUGGUCCCUAUUUCUGCCUCCUUGCUGCUCUCCUGUGGUCAUUCUGCAGUAUAACUGUCCCUCCCGCCAAACCCCCACUCCCUUUCCAUAUUAUGAGAAACAAUCAAAUUCCAGGCACAUCCCAGUGUCUUGGCACAACCAAACCCUUACCUUGCUUUAAGAUAUUAGUGGAAGUGGCAUACAAAAUUUGGGGGUCCUCAUUCUUACCGUUUAGGAGGAGUUCUUGACCAGAUGGUCUCAGACGGAUGGACAGACAGACAGAUGCACAUUUCUAAAAUAUAUAGUAAGAUUUAAACUUUUAUGAAUUGUUACAUAAAUAGUCAUUUCAAGAAAUUUCUAUUCAGAGAAGCUCUGUUUUCAGUUAAAAGUUCUGUCCUUUUGUUGAGAUUGUUUAGCAAAAUAUAUUUGUGUGUUUGUAGUAAAGAUGAAAAAGGUGUCAAAUUUUGGCUCGAGUAAAAAAGAAACUACCUAAUCAGUGGGGAUUUCUGGUAGGUUCCUUGGAAGGAUAGUGACAUUUUAAUUAUUGUAACUCAGUAUACAAUUUUGAGAAAUGAAUGUGUACUCUACUUAUAGAGACCAGUUUUAGACCAUGAAGUGCCAGGUUCAGUCAAGGGUCAGAAAGAGGGGCUCUGCCUGAUAUAGUAAGAGAUUUCUUGACCAACUGGAUAUACCAAAAAUUUGCCCCUCUCUCACUGAUAAAAAGUCAAUAAAUUAAUAACUUUGGGAAACCAAAUACUGUCUGUUCUUGUCCAAGGAAAACAUUCUACCACCCACAAUAACUAGUUGCCGCCUGCAGACCAGAGCUCCAGAUGUAUGGCUGCAUGUUGCAAAUCAUAUUCUAAUAUUUACAAUGUAAGGAGCUGUUCUUGUAACUCAGUAAAAUCAAUUCAUUAAAGUAAUUGUAUAUGGCCGCUCCCCGAGUUGCGAACGGUCGAGUUAUGACCGUUCGCACUUACGACCAAAGCUCCCAUGGAGCGGUCGUAAAAGCAGUCCCUGAGUUACGAAUGCGACCCGCGCUUAUGAACCGUGCGGUCGCGUGUAGCUCAAUGGGGUCCGAGUUACGAACGGAUCGAGUUACGGCCAAGUGUUUGGUCCGUAACUCGUUCGUAACUCGGGGAGAGGAUGUAUAUCUGUGCUAUAUAAGUAACAGUGUACAUUCCCAUGUAUAGUUAAGAGGCAGGAAUUAGUGUGCUUAUGCAAUCAAUGGGUUAUAGGAAAGGAAAUGAUUCUGGUACAACAGUAUGCAUUGUCUACAACAUGCAAAUUAUAUUAAAAAUUGAGGUCCCAUUAGCUCAGGGAAUAGCAGGUUUCAGGAAAGUAUGUAGGCAAAACCAUUGUGUUUGAUGCUUUAGCAAGUCAGUGUGUAAAUGUGGGAGUGAUAAGGAUUUCCCCUAAAUCACAACUGCUACCACAUGCAAUUUGUUUUGAUAUAUCCUGUUAACUGGCUCCCACCUUGACACUCAAUAGAUAUAUGUUGAGUCACCACAAGUAACCCCAUACAAAGCUCACAAACAGCCAUUUACAAGCUUUUGAAAAUUCCAGCAAUAAUUAUUUUACUAGUUGGGCCCUUCAUGUAUUCUUGAGAGCAUAUAUUUGUCUUUAGCAGAGACAAGAAUGAAAUUUCAACUCUGAUAACAUUUAGACUGCAACUGUCAGUUUGAAUUGUAUCUAGAAAAUAAAUCUGCUAAGAGUGCUUUGCACUUCUUUAUCCAACAUACACAAUAUUUUACAAGUAAACGCAUACCCACUGCUGAAAACAACUAGGAUGAAAUUCUGGCCUACUGAAGACAAUACAAGCUUUGUUGUUGACUUCAGUAGUGCCAAGAUUUCAAUACUAGUGUUUUGUGUUUCAAAGUGCAAAAGAAAAUAGAUUUUAUAGAAUACAUAUACACUAUUUUAUGCUUCCUUAUUCUGUGCAAAUAUAAUCAGCUUUUAAUUAAGAUUUUAAUGAGUAAUAUCUAUUAAUGCAAUGAAAAUAGAUAAUCACAGCCGUAAUUUGUCUUUCUGCAUAGGAAAUUGGCUGUUUUGUAAUGCAUUAUUUUUGUCAAAUAGACAAAGUGUUUUGUUUGAUAAGGUAUUUUAACAGGAUGACUUGCCCCUGGAAGCUGGACUAGCAUUGCUUGAUUAGAGGGAAGCACACCCUGAUUAGAACAUGUGAUUCCUUAUAAAAAGCAGCAGGUAUCUACAGAGGAGGGGGAAGCUCACAGAGCUCUGGCAGAGGUGCAAAGAAUAUUGAAAGGCUCCUGCAAGGAAGACCUUGAGAUCAGGGGAGUUACCCCACGUAGGGAGGCAUAAGAGAGACCCUGUCCAAGCAGGUGAGAGGCUGUGGACUGUGAGGAGGAAGAGAGAACUUGGGCUGUUACUUAUGAAUGGACAUUGGGGGUUGUUGAAGUUUAAUUUCUGUGUAUUUUAUACUAACAAACUCAGGCCCCAGUAAGAGGUAUUUUUACCCCAAAUAUGCAUGAAAAGAAGUUUAUUUGAACAUUCCAUGAGGAGAAUCCUGGGCAGGCUGCUUGUAGCAUGCCCACAGGCUACCAGGGUCCACUUGGAAGAUGCCGGCUAGAAACAGCAUAAUAAAUCUUAUGUAAUUGCUGUUAAAAAAAUAGUAUUUGAAUUUUCCCACCUAUAGUGUGGGUGCCAUUAAGUCACAAAUUUGGCAGUAGAGCUAAACAAAUUGUUCCAUUUCUUGUUCAGCAGCAGAUACCUUUGCAAUAUGUAGAUAUUUUAGACAUUUGAGCAAAGAAAAGAGAACUGUCCAGUAUCAGACAGUUUUUCGGGAAGAGGGUUUCAGGGUUGGUUUAUUUGUUGUUUGUACAGUGGGAAUCGCCUUGUUAAUGUCCCAUUACAUGUUGUGGCAUAGUAAUUUUGAACUGCUAUUUUGUCCUGUCACAUCUUUUACUGUGUUUAUAUGCUUCAUGUUUGUCUCCUGAUUUUCAGUGGAUAUAAAAGACAAGCAGUAUUAACUCUUUGUGUAAGUCAUACUCAUCAUCAUGGUCUCUGCAAUAUAAAGAGGUAUGGGGACCUCUAUUGUCAGAUAAUCUAUCUGCUGUCACCAAUGUCCUGAAGACUAUUGGGAUAGUUCAGAUUGCUACUGCAUACUAACUAACAAUGUAUGUAAAAGAAACUUCCAGUGGAGUUGUGUGUCAGACAAGAACCAAGCUCUCUUUAACUUUGUCAGCAAUGCUGAUGCCUGAUGAGCAUAGGGGAUCUGUUGAGUUGUAUUGAUGUGCACAUACUAAGUCUAGCUGGGGGGAAGAUGAUGCUAAGUAGUUAAAUCUGUAAACAUUUCUAAAGCACCUAUCACUGUAGUACUUCAGACGAGGUCCAGAUUCUCAGCUGUUCCAGAAUUUUGCCAUAAGAAAUCAUUAUUAUUAUAUAAAAUGUAAAUAAUAUGUUUACCACCUGUCCCUCACUGAGGAUUAAAGUGGUGUUUUUACUUA